AUGACGGAUAUUGUGAGCCAAACAGUUGAUGUUCUUGAUUGUUAUGAAGGUCGUGAUGCAGCUAUUACAUUUACACUUUAUUUAUGUUGUUUAAUAAGUGGGUUUUAUUCACGUAAAACCAAAUUACAUAAAUCUUUACAACGCAUCUUUCAUCGACUUGAAGAUUGUCGUGUUGUCUUACGUCUUUAUGAUGAUUUGACAAUUCUUCGAGAUUUAUUUAGUUAUGAAUUGAGACCUGGUGAACGAAAUUGGAUUGUUCGUUUCUUAAAAUUUGCUCAUUAUAUAGCAUGGCUUGGUUAUUAUCCAUCAGAACAUAUUGCUUGGCUCGGAGAAAUGAAAAUGAUUGACAUUGAUCAUAAAUUAUGGGAAUUUUAUACAAAUUUUUUCUGGUCUACCGCUUUAAUUACUUGUGCUCUCUGGAAUGCUUAUGUUGUUUUACAAUAUAUGGUACAACAAAGUUAUAGUAUACAAAGACAAGAAGAAGAGAAAAAAUCAUUUAUACCAUGGACAGCUGCUCGUAAUGCAAUGUUGGCAACGGUGCGUGAUGGUACAGAAUUUAUGGUUGCUGUUAAUUAUUUACCUCGUGGUUAUUUAUGGGCAUCAACAUUAACCUAUAUUCAAGUGGGUGUAUUGGGUACAUGUUCAGCUUUCUUACGUCUUUAUGGACUUUUCAAUUUUGGUCAUGGACAUUAA